UCUCUCUCUCUCUCUCUCUCUCUCUCUCUCUCUACUAUUCCAGAAAAAAGAGAUAAGAUCACUUUCUUCUUUUGCAUGCAAGUUUGAGCCAUGGAGAGCUUGGAAAUGGGUGUUGCGACGAGCCAGGAGAGAGCUGGAGCCCUCGCUCGCGCAUGGCAGCAGUUGAUGGGCUUGCCCAAGAACUCGAUGGCAAAAGUGGCCGAGCUAGCCAAGAAGGCGAUGAAUCUCGGGAAAGAUGACCCGAGACGAAUCACUCAUUCGCUCAAAGUCGGAGUCGCGCUUUCCUUAGUGUCCUUGAUCUAUUACUACCAGCCGCUCUACAACAGCUUCGGCGUCUCUGCAAUGUGGGCUGUCAUGACCGUGGUGGUCGUCUUCGAAUUCUCCGUCGGGGCCACUCUAAGUAAAGGGUUGAAUAGAGGACUUGCUACAUUUCUUGCCGGUGCACUUGGCGUUGGUGCUCAUCACUUGGCGAGUCUCUCAGGAAAAACCGGCGAGCCCAUCAUGCUUGGUUUCUUCGUCUUUCUUCAAGCCACCGGUUCGACGUUCAUGAGGUUCUUCCCCCAGAUCAAGGCGAAGUACGACUACGGGAUGCUGAUAUUCAUACUGACGUUCGCGCUGGUGUCGGUGUCGGGCUUCCGACAGGAGGAGAUACUGGAGUUUGCACACAAGCGGCUUUCCACCGUCGUCAUCGGCGGCUCCGCCUGCCUGAUCGUCUCCAUCGCCGUGUGUCCCGUCUGGGCCGGUGAAGACCUCCACCGCCACAUCGCUCUCAACAUGGAAAAGCUUGCCAACUUCUUAGAAGGAUUUGGCGAUAAAUACUUGAGAGAAUCAGAAGAUGAUGCCUCGAAUCGAGACGAGUCGCUUUUUCGAGGAUACAAAAGCGUUCUCGGAACGAAGAGCAACGAAGAAUCUCUGGCGAAUUUUGCCAGUUGGGAACCACGUCAUGGCCGGUUUGGUUUCCGUCAUCCGUGGAAGCAAUACCUAAAGAUUGGAGCUUCGAUUCGCCAGUGUGCCAAUAGGAUCGAAGCCCUUGAUGGCUACCUCACCACCAAGUUCCAUGCGCCGCCACAAGUUCAAAUCAGACUCAAGGAGCUCUGCGCGGAGAUGAGCAUGGAAGCCGCGAGAGCUUUGAGGCAACUCUCAUCUUCCCACAAGGCUAUGAUCGUGCCGUCCUCCGCGACUCCCCACCUUGAGAAUUCCCGAGCCGCCGUGAAAGCCCUCAAGUCGCUACUUGAGACGGCCUCCCGGAAGGACGCCACCGACCUCCUCGCAAUCGUCCAUGCCGCCACCGUCACCUCGCUCCUCAUCGAGGUGGUCGACUGCACGGACAAGAUUGCCGAGUCCAUCGACGAGCUCUCCUCCCUCGCCCACUUCAAGACCGCGGAGAAGGAGAAGAAGCAUGUCGAGUGCAAAGAAGUCGUGCUAACUGUGAGCGCACCCGAAGCGACCGUCUCACCAGAAAAUGGGACUUCGCCAGGGAGACUGGAUCCAGCGCCGGUGGUGUAGACAUCUAGGCGUUGUACAUACGAACAAUAACGUACAUGAUACCUGGACUUUACUGAUAGUAGAGAAAGUUCUAGUACAAGGGAGUUAAUUACUUAAUACAUAGCCAUAUUUUAUUUAGAUAAUUAAGAUAAAUGAGGAGCUUGACAAGGAUGCUGCUAAAGUUCUCAAAUUAGCUUCAUGCUAAGCUUACUAAAUCUGUCUGUCUAAUUACUUCAAU